AUGAGCAUGAGCGAUCGCGACAGAUUGGUGUCGCAGGCCAGCCUCAAGACCAAGGGGGAGGCCACGCCGAGGAAGGGGACCAAGCGCGUGCGGAAGGCGAUUAAGAACGCCAGGGGGCUCAUCAGCGACCUCUUCCAGAGGGAGAGAUUCUCGACAUGGUUGGUGUACGACCAGAGCAUACCAAGGGAUGUAGUCACCCCGCUGGAGUCAGCCCGUGGGCCAAGGACUGGCAGGCCACCUCCACAUCCACAAAGCCAGUCUGGGUCACUGGCACAGACGAGCAGCAUUCCUAGGCAGAACUCCAAGACGAAAGCGGAAUCAAAAGGAAGAAGCCCUCUGCCCCAAGAGAUUGAACAUGCCGAUCCCCUGGACAGCAUAGGGUCACUGAGCGAGAGCGAAGCGCUGGCUGAGGAGAGGAGCACCACUGCAACCUCUGGUGGCCGGCAAAGAACGGCUCUGGACACCCUCAGCACCAUUGGCUCUGAUGACAACUGGGACGAUUUUGAUCGCAAGCCCACUGUCAUCAACACCUUCGAUGAUGUUGCUGCGAUGGUGCAACCGGGCCUGUUCAUUGGAGCUUUUCUUGCGGAGCAGAACAGGGUGGAACUCGAGAAGAAGGGGAUCACGCAUAUUCUGCAGGUCGGUGAUAACCUGGCCCGCAGCUACGAGGGUGUAUUCAAAUACCAUACCAUCAGUGUCUCAGACGUCGAAUCUGCACAUCUGCUGCUGCACUUCAAUGAGUGCUUCGAAUUCAUUGAUAGUGCAAGGAAGUCUGGAGGUGGCGUCCUAGUGCAUUGCUUUGCUGGAAUUUCUCGAUCGGCGACCGUGUGCAUUGGAUACUUGAUAUGGAAGCUGAAUUUGAGCCUUGGGGCAGCAUACAGUUUAGUCGAGGGCGCACGGAGCUGUACUCAGCCCAAUGAGGGAUUCCGCAGGCAACUGCAGGUGUUUGAGAACUUGGGUGGCGACCUUGAGUUGUUGGAGCAAUGGUGCUUGCGCAACAAGGACUUCACCUUCACCGAAGCGCCCAGCGAAGCCUCUGGUAGGACGAUGGACUCUGACGACUUCGACCUUUGA